AUGAACAGAUCGACAUAUAUAUAUAUACUUGUAUCAAGUCCUUGGUUGAAGCAGCGGACUGACAAGACCGACAAGCGGGUUCCGAAGUGGAGUAGGAUCGGAUCAGAGAGCCAAAGUGGGCCAAUUAUGAGCGCAGUAUUGAGAAAACUCAGUAUAGGUAUUAGUGCGUUUCAAAUAAAAGGUAAGAAAGACUCGGCCAGAAGUGAUUUUGUGGGCAAAGUUGAGGUCCAAAUAGACGUCGGCGCACCAAACAACAACCUCGAGUACAUCAAGAGCAUCGAAAAGCUUAUUGUGCUGAAACUCGUCGAGCCAACAGAACACAUAGAAGACGUACGUGUGGGUGGCCAAUCAGGUAACGACAACACGAUAAUCAAGGCAACAGGCAAGGAAUCCACCAACAACGUCGGGAACGCUGGGAACGCCAGAAACACCAAGAACGUGAAAACAACCAAAGCUACCCGGACAACAAAGUCCACUUCCACCAGACUGAACAGGGAAAAAAUUAGAAGAAUGAUAGAGUUUGAUGAGCCGUGCGAUCCGGACCGGGCCAACGCAAACGAUCUGGAGACGUCGGACUCGGAGAAAAGGAGCAAAAAACAAGGUAUGUAUAUUUUUUAG